CUGCUGCUGAAACAUCUGUUAAAAUCUACUUUCAAACUGAUCUUUCCAGAUGUUCUCAAGUCGAGAAGAUGAGUGGAUCUGUGUCUGUGUGUGACCGUUUAAUGGCGAGAUCGAAUGAACACUCAUACUCAAAAAGUCGUCCAAACUUUUACGCUGAACCCAGACCUUCACAAACAAGAUUCACUGAAGACGAGAAGAUGAGUAAGAGAGGAAAAGCGUCUUCAAAUGUCAGUUCAAUGUCUGCAGAGACGGACCGCUCCAGAGAGUAUCCUCCACACUUCAGCCCUGAACCCAGACCUCCACAGACACGUGGCCAGACCACAUCAAGCCUUCGGCGGAAGCAGGACAUCCUGAAGGUAUUUGAGUCUAAAGUCAUGGCUUUCGUGAAGCAAGCUCUGGUGACACAUAAGAAGGUCCUGUCUGAAAAACACAAAGACUUGUUUGACGAAGACGAGCAGGAGUACGUGCUCGAUGAUCAGCCGGUCGAGUUCGAUGAUGAAACAAGUGAAGCAGCUCUGAAGAUCGCUCUCCAUAUCUUGAGGGCUAUGAGGGCGGACGACCAUGUUCACACACUGAAACAAAGUCAUUAUGGAGAACUUGUUGUGUACCAACAGAAAAUAAAACCUUACUUGAAGGAGAAAAGUGACUGCAUAUUGGAAGAGACGCAGCAGUGCCCUGUGCCUCUUAGAAAGAUUUAUACAAAGCUCUACCUGAUAGAUGGGGACUGUAGAGAAGUCAACGUUGAACAUGAAGUGCGACAAAUUGAGUUCAACAGACGUCAGAAUUCUUCUGAGACUUUGAUCAAGUGUGAGGACAUCUUCAAGGCCACUCCCAACCAACUGGACAAACCAAUCCGAACGGUGCUCACGAAGGGGAUAGCAGGCAUCGGCAAAACUGUGUUGGCACAGAAGUUCGUGCUGGACUGGUCAGAGGAGAAGGCCAAUCAAGACAUCCAGCUGCUGUUUUCACUUCCUUUAAGGGAACUAAACUUUCUCAAAAAUGAAAGAAGAAGCUUGAUGGAGCUCCUGAAUGACUUCUCUCCAGGCCUGAAGGAAUCUGGAAUUGAAGACCUACAGAUGUACAACGUUAUGUUCCUACUGGAUGGUCUCGAUGAGUGCAGACUCCCUCUGGAUUUCAAGGGAAAUGAAAGAUGUUGUGAAGCUACACAGUCCGCCUCCGUGGAUGUCCUCCUGACAAACCUCAUUGCAGGUCACCUGCUACCAAAUGCUAAACUUUGGAUAACUACUCGGCCUGCUGCAGCGAACUGCCUCCCUCCACAGUAUAUUGACCGGGUGACUGAGAUACGAGGCUUCAACAACCAACAGAAGGAGCAGUACUUCAACAAGAAAAUCGAUGAUGAAAACUUAGCCAGAAGAGUUAUCGCAAACAUCAAGUCGACUAGAAGUCUCUACAUCAUGUGCCACAUGCCGGUGUUUUGCUGGAUUUCCUCUAUCGUCCUUGGAGAAAUGUGUGCCAAAGCAGGCGGAGGAAAAAUGCCAAAGACUUUGACUCAGAUGUACAUCCACUUUCUGGCACAUCAGACAAAACGGAUUCAUGUCAAGUACGGCAAAGAGCAACAAGUGGACUCCCGAGGGAACAACCAGGUGAUCAUGGCACUUGGGAAGCUGGCCUUCCAGCAGCUGGAGAAAGGCAACCUGAUCUUCUAUGAGGAAGAUCUAACAGACUGUGGUAUUGAUGUGAAAGACGCGUCUGUCUACUCAGGACUUUGCACUCAAGUCUUUAGGGAAGAAUCCUGGAUGCAGCAAAAAGUCUUCUCCUUUGUGCAUCUGUCUGUCCAAGAGUUUCUCGCAGCUUUGUACGUCAACGUGAUGUACAAGGCCAAUGGAGUAAACCUGAUGACCGAAGAACCUGAACAGGUAGACAACGCCAAGCGUGUAUCCGAACUGCACAAAGCUGCAGUAGACAGAGCCUUAAAAAGUGACAACGGCCACCUGGAUCUCUUCCUGCGUUUCCUUCUUGGACUCUCUCUGGAAUCCAGUCAGGGUCUGCUCAGAGGCCUGAACAUUAAGGUAGAAACCUGCGACACCCAAAGUCAGGAGGAAACCAUCGAAUACAUCAACAAGAAAAUAAAUCAGACUCAUCACUCAGAGAGGUACAGCAAUCUCUUCCACUGUCUGAAUGAGUUAAAUGAACACACUCUGGUGGAGGAGAUCCAGAGAUACUUGGACUCAGACCAAGACUUGGCAAUGGACAAGAGGUCGGCAGCUUCGUGGCCGGCUCUGGUCUUUGCGUUGCUGACCUCACCGGAGAAGCCAGAGGAGAUCGACCUCAAGAAAUACUCCAGAACAGAAGAUGGCUUUUUCAAGCUCCUACCAGCCAUCAAAGCAUCCAGAUCAGCAAAGUUGAAUGGUUGUAACCUCACUACAGACUGCUGUGAGAAGCUGUCAGAAGCUUUCAGCUCAAGCUGUAAUGAGCUGAUUCACUUAAACGCAAGUGACAACAACUUACAAGACUUAGGAAUCGAGUCUCUCUGCGCUGGACUCCGAAGCCCACACUGCAGACUGAAGACCCUGAGGCUGAAGCGAUGCAGUCUGACCCCUGGAUGCUGUGAAAAGCUGGCUUCAGUGCUGAGCUGUCCCUCCUCACAUCUCCGAGAGCUGGACCUGAGCAACAACGACAUUGAAGAUUCAGGGGUGCAGCAGCUCUCCAUUGGACUGGGAAAUGUGGUCUGUAAACUGGAAAGCCUCAGGUUGUCGUUCUGUAACAUCACAGAGAAAGGUUGUGGUUUCUUGGCCUCGGCAGUGAGGUCCAACCCCUCCCACCUGAGCGAGCUGGACCUGAGCUACAAUCACUUAGGGUCGGGAGUGAAGCUCAUCACUGAAGCUUUGGAGGAAGCACGGAGCGAAUUAACCAAACUCAGAGUCCACCACAACAAAGAACACUGGUUCAAACCAGGGCUGAGACAAUAUGCCUGUGAGUUGACAGUGGAUCUUAACUCUGCUCACAAACUCCUUGUCUUCUCUGACGACCAACAAAAGUUUAACCAAGGCCUAGAGGAGCAGAAGUAUCCAGAUCACCCCGACAGGUUUGACUACUGGCCACAGGUCCUGUUGCAGGAGGGCCUUAAGGGCCGCAAAUACUGGGAGGUGGAGUGGGAGGGGAAAUGGGUCGGGAUCGGUAUGACCUACAAGGGCAUCGGUCGCAAAGGGCUGGGCAACGACUGCGUGAUGGGAUACAACGCGAUGUCUUGGAGUCUGCAUUGUUCCGGUAAAGGCUACCGCGCGCAUCAUAACUACGAGAGCACUGCCGUUCCAGUCCCUCUGAAUGAUGACUCUGGUAGACUGGCCGUCUAUCUGGACUGGGAGGCUGGCAUCCUGUCCUUCUACCGAGUUUCUUCCGGAGGGUCGCUGACACACCUGCACACCUACAACACCACAUUCACUGAGCCGCUCUACCCAAUUUUCCGGGUGUGGGGUGAAGGCUGCUCAGUGAGGCUGAGUCGGGUGGAAUAAGUUCACA